UUCUCGUAUUGUAGUUGACUCUUAUCCAUUCUUCUUCGGAAAUUUGCUAUGUGUAGAUUGGGAAUAUUCAUUCAGUUUAUUUAGUUCCGUGUGUCGAGUGUUUACUUAGUCCCAUUCUGUUGUUUUUCUACGUGACUUGGACAAAUAUUUUGGGAAUUUUUUAGUUGAAGAAUUUCGUAGAUAUAGAAAUAUGUCAAUGCUGGAUUCCGAAGUAGCAAAAUGGUUCUCGGGAAAGCAUAUCCUCAUCACUGGAUCCACAGGAUACAUGGGCAAGGUGAUGGUUGAGAAAUUGCUUCGGUGUUGUCCACAAAUAGCCAAAAUAUACCUCUUAAUAAGAACAAGAAAUGGUAAAUCUCCAUCGCAAAGACUAGAAGAUUUUAUUCAAAACCCAGUUUUUGACAUUUUAAGGAAGCAGACCAACGCUACAAAAAUAUUCUUAAAGCUUGAAUGCAUCCACGGUGAUUUGUCUGCGGAAAAAUUGAACCUAACAAGCCAGGACGAGGAAAACCUACGGGAAAACGUCGAGGUCCUUUUUCACAUGGCAGCGAAUGUCAGAUUCGAUCAACCAUUAAAGGGAGCCCUGAUAAUGAAUACGUUGGGAACCAAACGUGUCCUUGACAUGGCCUGUACUUUCCCAAAGCUGAUGGCUUUCGUCCACGUUUCUACCACUUACUGCCAUUGCGAUCUCACAGUUCUGGAGGAGAAGAUAUAUCAGGCUCCACACGAUCCCAGGAAAUUACUUGAUAUGGCAAGCUGGAUUGACGAUAAGUUAUUGGAUCUGAUGACACCGCAUCUAAUAAAGAACUCACCAAAUACAUACGCAUAUACCAAAUGUCUGACGGAACAUCUUGUCAAUGAAUAUUCUAAUUUGCUGCCCAUUGCUAUUGCCAGACCAGCUUCAGUGACUGCCGCUUGGAAGGAGCCACUUCCUGGAUGGGUAGACAACCUGAACGGCCCCACAGGCAUUAUUGUGGGUUCUGGCAAAGGUGUUAUACGAAGUAUGCACUGCAAUGCAGAAUAUAAGGCAGAUAUAAUACCAGUGGAUUCGACAGCUAACAGCAUUAUACUCGUCGGUUACCAUUUGGGAUCGCACCAGAAAACCGACAUACAAGUUUUCAACAUAACCGCUGAUAAGGAUCAACGGAUUUCAUGGGGCGAAGCUCUGAAUAUGGGCAAGAAACAUUUCUACGAAAACCCUUUCAGUAUAUGUCUUUGGUACCCAGAUGGAAGUAUCAAAUCGAGCUAUUUUGUGCAUAUGCUGGCUGCUUUUUUCUUCCACACAAUACCGGCUUAUUUAAUAGACUUCCUCAUGGUUCUUAUCAGGAGAAAACCAUUCAUGAUCAAAAUAUAUAAACGCAUUAAAAAAGGUUUGGAAGUGCUCCAGUAUUAUACCACAAGACCCUGGCUCUUUCAUAACGAAAGAAUGAAAGCUGUGAGUAAUUCCUUGAAUGAAACUGAUCAAAAAAUUUUCUACACAAGUGGACCUACAGAUUACAAUGAGUAUAUUUUGAAUUAUAUACUUGGAGCUAGACGGUAUUGUUUACAUGAAGAGCCGGAUACAAUUCCUUAUGCAAAGAAAGUUCUAAAAAGGCUAUAUUAUUUGGACCUUUGCAAGAAUAUCUUAUUAGGAUGUCUUAUUAUCUGGCUGUUCGGAGGACACAUCGUUGAAUUCAUUUUUAGGUUUAAAUAUGUAUUUCAAAACGAUCUGUAUUACUUUAAAAAAUUAGGUUUCUAUGUAAUGUAAAAAUAAUUUAAUGUUGUUAUCCAACAAAAAUAAUUCUGUUGUGAUUUUAUAUUUCUCAAUAGUGUUCAGUUUGCAACAAAUAAAUUUAUAU